AUGGCAGCUCGUCUUCUUCUCAGUGGAAUUCAGGGGCUUAACUACCAAGGGAUCACCGGCGGAAUCGGUGCGAGACCUCAUCCGGUAUGCCGCAGUAUAGCAUAUUGGCGACAAGCAGAAGAGAAAGUGAGUGGUGUUAAUAUGGGGAGUCUGAGAGCUAACUCGCCGACGCCAAGCCCAAGGGAGGCGACGUGGGAUUAUCGGAAAUGGAGAAACAAAGAAGCGGAGAUCCUCAGGGACAUUGAGCCUAUCCUUCUGCUCACCAAGCAUAUUCUUCACUCACCUAGGUACAUGGAUGGGGAGAGACUGACUGUUGAGGAUGAGAAAGCUGUGGCUGAUAACCUUCUUGCCUACCAUCCACGUUUCCAAGAUAAAGUUGCAUGUGGCAUUCAAUCCAUUAUGGUUGAUCGACAUCCGCAAUAUCAAAACUCAAGGUGUCUUUUUGUUGUAAGAACUGAUGGUGGCUGGAUAGACUUCUCCUACCAGAAGUGCCUUCGGGAAUACAUCAGACUUAAGUACCCAGCUCAUGCCCAAAGAUUUAUUCGGGAACAUUUUAAGCGUGAGAGUAGUUAAUUACGUAUGUAUUGCAACUUGACUACUAAUUAGAAAUUGGCGAAUUGUUGACUUGAAGUUUCAGGCACGGAAACCAGAAAAUGAUGUUUAAGCGCCAAUGUCAUGUUUUAUUCUGCGUUGCUUUUCAGUUUCUCUUUCGCUCUCUGGAGGCGCGAGGCUUCCGAGUUAACAGACUUUUCAAUUUGCCGCUGCUAUCAUUUGUUAUUAAGAACUAAUUAAACCGCUCUUCAAAUUUUUUUUUUCCCCAGAGGUUGGGGGGGGGGGGCUGGGGGAGCCGCUCCUGAUUUUGGGUGCACGUCUUGGCCCAAAUACAUUAAUUGCCCAUUGUAAUUGGAGUGUAAAUAUGUCCUUCGUCUUAGCCGCUGCCCAGAGUGAGGACGAAUGGCUUAGCAUUACCAUUCCCGUUGCUAACAACCAUGACGCACAGGACUUCAGCGCCAUCACUGAGAUGAUUCAAUUUCCGUUACGUUGUUAGAAACUCAAACUCCAGGCCCUCUUUAAUGCCUCUGUUGCCACGUCUUAUCUCUCUUCGAGAAAGUCAGUUCUCAGUAGCAACGUGGCCAUCAUCAGUGGCCAUCAACGUAACACAUAGCAAAGCACAGUCAAAGGAGAAGAGCUUUCUGGUAUGCGCAGUGCGCUUUGCUUCCUCCAAGUUCCGAUGGGGCCCAUAAAACGUUCGCGGCACAUGAGUGCGCCAACGCCUUUCAAAUUCCAUUGAAGCCUCCCUUCCAUCAAAAGGACAUACAUAUGGAUCUAAAGGCUGGGAAGUAAAUAGAAGUAAGUUCCACAUCCCCGACACCUUACAUGAUGGGAUGCGAAAAAGGCCGUGGGAUCCUAAAUUCCCUGUCAUAUGCCUUCCUCAUAAUGUAAUUCCCCCUCGCCGUCCCCUGUCCAUAAUAAUCACAAGUUCCACCGAGUUUCACCAUCGUCAACUCCCUCAAACGCCCCUACCAUUACCGUUCCCUCAACGCGGGACUUGCUGAUAAAAAGGGGAUGGAUGCUAGCCUACGGGGCUUAUGAAGGUAGUAAAGUUGGAAUGGUACAUUAUCAUCCCCACAUUGGCAAAUACAGGCGACUCGUACAUUAAGAGGUGGAAACUAGUUAAUGUUCUGAUGCUUUAGUCAGCUGGAAUUCAGCUGAAAAAUGGGAUCUUGCAACUCAACUUGCUUCGUGGCGACCAGCAUCUUUGGAGUAGAAUACUGCAUGUACAUUAUGAUGUGCUAAUGCAGGAUUAAUGUGCGGUCAUUCUCCACUGCAAGUGACUGUAGUACAUAGAUAAGUCAGGUCCAGUAACUCAGGAAUCCAGAUAUGCAGAUAUGGACAAGGACUUGAACAAAAGCGAGUCCUGCUUUUCCUUUUUGGUUCAGAUAUAUAAUGCUCUCGCCGGGACCUUACAUACGAUACCUAAAACAAAAGGCCAUGUGGUCCUAAAUUAAUUAAUUGUCUGUCUAAUAUGUACGUGCGUGUGCGUGUGUGUGUGUGCAUGUCUUCCUCAUAAUUUAAUCCCAACGGCCCCCUCUGUCAGUAAUGAUCGCACUUCUCUUCAACCUCAUAUUCCGCACAGGUGGCUGUCUUUCAUUCAACUAGGGACCAAUCAUCCGCCACUAUAACCCCUCAUGCCCCACUUUCUCCCUUCUAUGAUACAAUAUACUGUUGCGGACACAUUUUGUAUAUAUAUUUUAUUUUAACCGCAUACAAUUCACUAAGUUUACCUACCA